AUGCGUUUCUCCAGCAUCAUUGCUCCAGUCAGCUUGGCCGCUCUGGCCUCUGCCGCCCCAGCUCUCAACGCCCGUGGGUACGGAGACAGCGACUCGUGCAUUCCCUACAGCAUUGCCAUCGACAUUGAGACGCAAUGGAUCUCGACCCUCACCAACUUUGACGUCAACGUGGCCACCAACCUGCUCGCCCCUGAGCUUGUCGAUACCUCGGACUCGAUCAACUACAUCGCAGGCAUUCCCCUCGGCGGCCCGACCUUCCCCAGCGCCCAGGCCUACAUUGCCGGUCAAGGCGCUCAGCCCGCCAUCGGAUUCACUCUCCUCGGCACUGAUGUUGUGACCUGUGACGGCUACAUCGUUCUCCGAUGGAUCGGCGCCGUUGGCCAACAGACCUACCCAUCGCAGGGUAUCACGAUCUUGAAGGCUGUGCAGAAGGGAUCCGAUGCCACCGUUGGACCCACUGGCUGGCAACUCGCCGAGAUCCACACCGAGUUCAACUCUGCUGCCUGGGUUGCCGACAUUGGCGGCACCUGCCCUCCUCCCUCUGGCACCGCCCGCCUGGCGAGGAACUAA